GAAAUUAGUCUAAUACGGCAAUAUUUGCAAUUUGACGAUGGUCACCUCGUAUAUCUCUAAUCUGUAGUUACUAUUCUGACAAUUUGAUUGAUAACAUACCAGUUUUUACUGACAGUAGAUAAAUCAUAUCUGAGACUAGUACAAUUUCAGACUAAUUCUGACUUUUAGUUAGUUCGCUCUCAGUUUGGUUGUACACUUAUGUGCUUUCGUUUGUAAAUUGAUUUUUAUUGAAUAAAAACCUACUAUCUGGAAAUCUGUGUCUAUUUAUUACAAUUGUGAUUUAGAACUGUGUGACAAUGACCUGAAAGUGGUUUAGUGUUUUUUUUUUUGAUAAAUCGCUUUCUCUGUAAUAGUUUUGAUUUUAAAUUCACUUCGGUAUCUUAUCUGGAAACCUUUAUCUAUACUCUACUAAUUUAGAAACUAUAAAGAAGGAUACUUACAAUGGAUACACUAAGAUUCUAUUUUGUGACUUGGAAUGUGGCGACAAAGAACCCUAGCCAGGAUCUCAAUGCUCUUUUGGACUUUCCAUCACAGUUUGACAAGAAUAAACCAUUACCUGACUUUUAUGUAAUUGGAUUACAAGAAGUGAAAUCACAGCCGCAAAAUAUGAUUAUGGAUAACCUGUUCAUAGAUCCGUGGUCAUCAGCAUUCAAUGCGAUAUUAUGUCGCCGGAACUUUUUUAUGGCGAAGAACAUAAGACUACAGGGCAUGCUGCUUUUAGUUUACACUCAAAUGAAGCAUUUAACACAUCUUAGGGAAAUUGAAGCACAAUAUACAAAAACUGGUUUAGGAGGAAUGUGGGGAAACAAGGGUGCAGUGAGUGUGAGAUUCAAUAUAUAUGGAUGUUCAGUAUGUCUUCUAAAUUGCCACCUUACAGCACAUGAACAUCUAUUAGCGGAUCGUAUCAAUGACUAUAAUACUAUAAUCAAACAACAUACCUAUCACGUUAAGGAAACUACAAACAUUUUGUACCACGAUUACGUGUUUUGGUUCGGCGAUCUGAACUUCCGUACAGACCAUCCGUCCGGUAGCAGUCCUACAUCGGAAGAGAUCGUAGCGGCGCUUCAGAAGAUAGAAAAGGAUAAAUAUACGUCAUUGCUGAAACACGAUCAGUUGAUAGCCGUUAUGAAGGCAGAUGAAGCGUUUUCAGAAUUCACAGAACCUGAUAUACAAUUUCCACCUACCUACAAAUUCAUGACUGGCACAGAUGAAUAUGAUUUGAAGAGAAAGCCUUCGUGGACUGAUAGGAUACUAAACAAAGUGAUAGCCAACAACUAUGAGAAUUUAACUCUAAGGGCUGAUUUAAUAUCAUACCAUCAUAUACCACAUUAUACUGUUAGCGACCACAAGCCAGUGGUAGCGCAAUAUAAUAUUAAGAUUCGUCGUGGCUUCACUUCCUCCAUCUUAAACGAGUCACCUAGAGCGUCUAGAACUGCAAUCAGGAUGCGUUCAGCUGCCGUCAUCCCACCUUCGGCCGAUGGUACAACUGUGUCUUUAGAUGCAACUGAUGGUCCUCUAUUUGAGUCCGAUUUUGCAGCUCAAGAAGCCCAGGCCUUUGCAAAUUAUACCGAGAAGACUGUAGAGUUCGCACCGAUCAGUCGAAUCUGGUACAUAGGUGAUGCUGACUUCAGGACGCAGUGUACCCUUUCACAUGAUGUAGAGAUCAAUCCUAGCGAUUGGAUUGGGAUUUAUGAUGCCGACUUUCACAAUCUGGAUGACUAUAUAGUGUACGAGUAUUUGGCUAAACUGAGUCUGCCCCACGCUCAUUCCACUGCAGGCCAGCCUAGGACCAUCACAUUAAGUUUCCCCGUCGGUAGCGGUGUUAGGACACCAGGAUUUUACCGCUUUAUAUACUUCAGCCAGCCUAACAAUGACGUGAGAAGUGUUUUGGGUAUUUCGGAACCUUUCGAGGUCAGUUCUAAAGAAGACAAGUUAGUAUCGUUAGAUAACUCGGAACCAUCGCCAAGUACCUCGUCACCAGCGCAGCCCGGAGCUAACACCAACAAUUCGGAUAUAUUCACUGACUUUACCGGUCUCGAUGUUGCAAAGCUGUCCCGCCAUUUUGCAAAUGAUUUGAAUAUCGACUGACUAAAGAGUUACUUGCCAGGCUCACCGUCUGUUGGUAGACGGAAGGACAAUGGACAAGUUUAAGUGUAUGUACCAUAUUAUAUAUAUGUAUGUAUGUAAAUAUGUAGCAACUUUAGAUACAUAACUAAAUAACCAAUCAUUAGAGAUCAUGGGCGCGUGACCUCCGUCAGUGUUAGAAAAAAACUAUUACGCUUUAUACAUUUUUAAAAUAUCCUGCACAAAGGAAGAACUAAAAAAUGCGACAGAAUGCGCAAAAGUCGUCGCAACAUUCCGGCAAAUAUAUAUUUAAAUAUAUAUAUCUAGUUGUCAUUGAAACGAAAGAAGUUUUUAUUUCUUUUCAUUCAUUGAAACCGGACAAUUUGUUUUAUAAUAAUUGUUAAUAUCUUAUGAAUGGUUAUUUGUAUAUGAGAUUUGGUCGCUACGUACAGGCUCUAAUUUAUUCCGUACGAUUUGUUAUUGCAAUAAGAUAAGGCCAUUUUUAUGUGUUAAAACUUUAGUAUUAAU